ACAAGGGAGUUGCGGAGGGAGCGGUCUUUGCGGAAGGCAGACAUGGGGGGAGAUGGGAAGAUGUGGCGAGUGGUGGGGUCACGUUGGAGGUGGCGGAAAUGGCGAAGGAUUAUUUGUUGUAUUUGCCGGCUGGUGGGGUGAAAGGUGAGGACUAGGGGGACUCUGCCCUUGUUGCGAGUGCGGGGAUGGGGAGAGAGAGCAGUGUUGCGGGGUAUGGAUGAGACCCUGGUGCGAGCCUCAUCUAUGGUGGCGGAGGGGAAUCCCCGUUCCCUGAAGAACGAGGACAUUUCCGAUGCCCUGGUGUGAAACGUCUCAUCCUGGGAACAGAUGCGGCGUAGGCGGGGGAAUUGGGAGUAGGGGAUGGAGUCUUUACAGGGGGCAGGGUGGGAAGACGUGUAGUCCAGAUAGCCAUGUGAGUCAGUUGGUUUGUAGUGUAUGUCGGUCAGAAGUCUGUCCCCUGCGAUGGAGAUGGUGAGGUCAAGUAAUGGUAGGGAAGUGUCAGAAAUGGUCCAGGUGUAUUGGAGUGCCGGAUGGAUGUUGGUGGUGAAGUGGAUGAAGUCAGUCUGUAUCCUGGUGAAGAUUGACACAAAAAGCUGGAGUAACUCAGCGGGACAGGCAGCAUCUCUGGAGAGAAGGAAUGGGUGAUGUUUCGGGUUGAGACCCUUCUUCAGACACUGUGUCCUGGUGAAUCUCUUCUGCACUCUCUCUCUAUUGCUACCACAUUAGUCCUGGUGUGUGCCAACCAGAUCUGUACAUAUUACUUUAAAUGUCCUCUAACUAAUGUUUUGUCCAACUGCACUUGAGUCCCAACUUUUAUGCUCAAUGCCGAAGAAUACAUUUGGUCUACUUACUAAAAGGCUUUUACACUACUCUUUCCACCUGGGUCACCAUGAUCACGUUGAGCUACGGACUUGCACUUAUGUUUGUUUUGAAAAGAUCCAUUGGUGCCUAAUUGCGAUUUUGCAUGAAAUAGGAAUUUGUAUGGACUCAAUUUAAAGGAAAAAUUUCAUUUCUCUUCAGAUACAUUGUCCUUCUGUUUGGAGGGUCUCUUAUGGCGGUUGUUUCUAUGGGGCCCUAUGCCAUGCUGGUACUCCUACCUGCUGUUCUCUCAAUGAUACUCAUACACUCUCUGGAGCCCAGGAGUGUCCACAGAUGGACCUUCCUCACUCAGAUGACAUGGCUGACCCUCUGCCAUCUUUGGCUGCACUAUAAAGAAUAUUAUCUGCAAGAAGCAGCGGACAUUAAAUACUUAAUAGCACUGUCAAGUCUGAUGCUGUUAACACAAAGAAUAACAUCAACGUCAUUAGAUAUUCAUGAAGGUAAAAUCACAACUCCAAUAGGAAUUAUGCACCAAAACCACCUGGAAUAUGAAUUGCUUCAUAGUUUUCUGUCAUAUCUUAGCUAUAUGCUGAAUUUUCCUGCACUAUUUGGUGGGCCUUUGUUCACUUUUAAAAUGUUCAAAACUCACGUGGAAAAUCUUAAAAGAACUGAUCGUAAAUGCAUAACCAGCCCCUUGUGGCCUUUUGUAAAAAAGUGCAUUUUAUUUCUUCUCUUGUCGAAGUUGAGGAUAUUUGUAAGAAAUUCUAUUUGUGACCAAGGGCCCCUUCAAUGGAAUGCUCCUAUAGACAUUUUACUGAUUUGGAUUACAGCUUUAAUGUUCAGAUUAGCAUAUUACUCACAAUGGCUUCUCAAUGAAUCUCUUAACCAUUUAAUUGGUUUGGGUUUGGAAAACACAAAGUCUGAAAAAACGACACUCUCCGAUACUGAUAUCUGGACACUUGAAACAACCACUCAGAUAUCCGAGUUUGCUCGAACGUGGAAUAAAACAACAGCUGACUGGCUGAGGAGGAUUGUGUUUCAACGAUGCAAAGUUCAGCCUCUGCUGGCAACCUUUGCAUUUUCAGCAUGGUGGCAUGGUCUGCAUCCAGGACAGAUCUUUGGAUUCUUCCUGUGGGCUCUGGCAAUUCAAGCAGACUAUCAUAUUCACCGACAUGUGGAUUCUCUUAUUGUGAGAUCAAGGCUUCUGAGAUUUUUCCAUAGACCUGUGGCGUGGCUACAAACCCAGCUGGUAAUUGCAUAUAUUUUGGUAGCUGUGGAACUGCGGAGCUUUACCUGUGUGUUGCUACUUUGUAAGUCUACUUGUGCCAUCUGUCCACUGCUGUAUGUACUGAUGCUAAUAUGUAUGCCAAACAUGCCGAGCAGAAAUUAAAAUUAAUUAUCUACCUGUCGCAUGCUUCUUCUAUCUUCCUUCCACCUGAAUCUGGCUAUGUUUCACAUCAGCUACACUGCACCAUGAUAUCAGUGCAGACAGCUUAAGGUAGUAUGUGACUGGGAACCAAGACAUUGGAGAAAUUAGAACCUUUAAGGAAGCUGGAAGACUGAAGACUGAAGGAAGAGCACAAAAGUGUAGGUCCUUCAUAUGUAUGUAUGCCACCCUCCUUGCCCAUGAACACUAAUCCCAUUUGCCAGAGAGGGUC